GCGGGACAGACCUGUUCUAGACUCCUGAGUAUUCACGAAAUACAUCUGGUGGUAUUGAUACCGGAAUGGCUCCAUCUACCUGGCAAAAGGUCAAGAGCACCCUGCAGAUCAGUCAUGAUUACAAUGUCACUCCGGCUGGCAUAAAAUGGAGAAGCAACACUCUGUUCAUCGUUUCGACAGUCGCGGUCGGUCUCUUUACUGAUCUAUUCUUAUACGGCCUUGUUGUACCAAUUCUUCCGUAUAUGUUACAGGACCGGGUUGGUCUGCCAGAAAACCAGAUUCAAUCACACGUGGACGGACUGCUUGCCGCCUAUGCCGGGGCUUCCGUAGUCUUCUCGCCCAUUGCUGGAGUUUUAGCGGACAAAACCUCCACAAGGCAGGGCCCUUUUCUGCUUGGACUCGUGGCUCUGUCUCUCGCUACGAUCCUGCUCUUCCUAGGCUCCAGCGUCCCCGUACUGGUUGUUGCCAGAGUGCUGCAGGGCUGCUCUGCAGCAGUGGUCUGGACGAUCGGAUUGGCGCUUCUAAUCGAGACUGUAGGCCGCGAGAACUUGGGCAAGACUAUUGGAUCGAUCUUCAGCUUCAUCUCCGUUGGGAACCUGUUGGCUCCACUUCUGGGCGGCGUGCUUUACGACAAGACCGGAUAUGCAGGAGUGUUUGGAAUUGGUUUCGCUAUCUUGACUAUCGACUUCCUCAUGCGACUUUUGGUUAUCGAGAAGAAGGUAGCCCGCCGCUACAAUUUUACCGAGCCUGCUGAUGGCAGCGAGGAAGCAUCUGCUGUACACGACGAUGAUGAAGCAGCCCGCGGCGAAGAGGAACCUCUGCUCGGUAACAAGGCACAAAGCGAAUACUAUCGCAUUCCAGAUGAUCAACCGACUAUCGUCCGCAAGGUCCAGAUAUUACCAUGCCUCAAGAAUCCUCGCCUUGUUGCUGCUCUGGUAGUAGCCUUUGUGCAGGCAGCUCUGCUUGGGUCGUUCGAUGCUACCAUCCCCACGAUCGGUCAAGAAUUCUUCAACUUCAGCUCUUUGGAAGCCGGCAUCUUAUUUCUUCCUCUCGGUGGAUUCGAUCUGAUACUUGGACCUGUAUUCGGGUGGGCGGUGGACAAGUAUGGCACGAAAUUAGCUGCUGUGGGUGGUUAUACAUUUCUUGUGCCGUGCCUCGUCCUGCUUCGUCUUCCGCACGCCGGAGGGAAAGACCAGAUUAUACUAUAUGGCGCGCUACUAGGGCUGUGUGGAGUCGGUCUUGCGGCCAUCGGAGCACCUUCGAUUGUGGAAGCAGGAACCAUCGUAGAGAGCUACUACGAAGCCAACCCAGAGUUCUUCGGCAACGAGGGUCCCCCAUACUCCCAACUGUAUGGCUUGACUUCAAUGGUGUUCUCUGCGGGACUGGCAGUAGGUCCUGAACUGGCUGGCGAGUUCAAGCAGAUGAUCGGAUACGGAAACAUGAACAUAAUCCUGGCAGUCAUUUGUGGGUUCACGGCUGCCUUGUCUUUCUUCUACAUUGGCGAGAAACCAAAGGUACUUCAGAAACGGUGAUCAGGGCCUAUGGGUUAUAUAGACAGAUCAAAGUAGUGUGUACCUACCGGAUGAUGUACAGAUGUAGUAAAAUGAAAACAGAUUGAUAGUGGAAUUAAAGACGCCAAGACGCGCGCACGGC